AUGUUGAGAUCAUUGCACCGUGCUGCCCCAGUGGCCAAGAGAGCUUUUGGCUUGAGAACCAUGGCUACUGCUGAACCUACUUUAAAGGACAGAUUGAGUGAAUUGUUGCCUCAAAAGGCUGAAGAAAUCAAGCAAUUGAAGAAGGAACAUGGUAAGACCGUCAUCGGUGAAGUUUUGUUGGAACAAGCUUACGGUGGUAUGAGAGGUAUCAAGGGUUUAGUUUGGGAAGGUUCUGUUUUGGACCCUAUCGAAGGAAUCCGUUUCAGAGGUAGAACUAUCCCUGACAUCCAAAAGGAAUUACCAAAGGCCCCAGGUGGAGAAGAACCUCUUCCUGAAGCUUUAUUCUGGUUGUUGUUGACUGGUGAAGUCCCAACAGAAGGUCAAACCAGAGCUCUUUCUGAAGAAUUGGCUGCUAGAUCUGCUUUACCAAAGCACGUUGAAGAAUUGAUUGACAGAUCUCCAUCUCACUUGCAUCCAAUGGCUCAAUUCUCUAUUGCUGUUACUGCUUUAGAAUCCGAAUCCCAAUUUGCUAAGGCUUAUGCUAAGGGCGCCCACAAAUCCGAUUACUGGAAGUACACUUAUGAAGAUUCCAUUGAAUUGUUGGCUAAGUUACCAAACAUUGCUGCUAGAAUUUACAGAAACAUUUUCCACGAUGGUAAGUUAGGUGCUGUUGACCCUAAGUUGGAUUACGGUGCUAACUUGGCCCAAUUGUUAGGUUUCGGUGAAAACAAGGAAUUUGUUGAAUUAAUGAGAUUGUACUUGACUAUCCACUCUGACCACGAAGGUGGUAAUGUUUCUGCUCACACCACCCACUUGGUUGGCUCAGCUUUGUCCUCUCCAUUCUUGUCUCUUGCUGCUGGUUUGAAUGGUUUGGCUGGUCCUUUGCACGGUAGAGCUAACCAAGAAGUCUUGGAAUGGUUGACCCAAAUGAAGGAAGAAUUGGGUGGUGACUUGUCUACCACCAACAUUGAAAAGUACUUGUGGAACACUUUGAAUGCUGGUAGAGUUGUUCCAGGUUACGGUCAUGCUGUCUUGAGAAAGACUGACCCAAGAUACACUGCUCAAAGAGAAUUUGCUUUGAAGCACAUGCCUGAUUACGACAUGUUCAAGUUGGUUUCCAACAUUUAUGAAGUUGCUCCAGGUGUCUUAACAAAGCACGGUAAGACCAAGAACCCAUGGCCAAAUGUGGACUCUCACUCUGGUGUUUUGUUGCAAUACUAUGGUUUGACUGAAGAAUCCUUCUACACUGUCUUGUUUGGUGUUUCCAGAGCUUUCGGUGUCUUACCUCAAUUGAUCAUUGACAGAGGUGUUGGUGCUCCAAUUGAAAGACCAAAGUCCUUCUCUACUGAAAAGUACAUUGAAUUGGUCAAGAGCAUCAAGAACUAG